UCCUUGAGCGCUGCAGGGGACCCACAAACGUCUGUGACAGUGAGGUUCUUUACAGUGGUGAGAACAGGACCAGACGACCCAAGCAAGGGGCUCGGUGUGCCGAGGGGCCGGGACUUGGCGGGAACGUGGCAUUCACCUGGGUCCCCGAAGGGCCUUUGCUAAGUGAGCCGCGGAGGGGAGGAGCAGCCCUCGGGUAGUGCGCGGCCUGGGGCCAAGUGCGUCCAGGGCAGAGGGUGACGGGAAGCUGUGCCGGAGGAGUCACUUUUUAGAAGCUGGUUUUGUUGCGUUGCACAACCCCGGGUGCAAACCCAAGCUCACCGGCGUGAGUCAGCUGGGCCGGCAGCCGCAGGAGAGGAAAAGGUGGGCGACGAGGGCGCCGCGCACCCCGAGGCCUGCGCCGACGGCGGGAAGGACCCGUGGGCGACUCGAGACACCUCUAGCGGCGGCCCCCUCCCAAGUCCCACAGGUGAGCGCGGGCGGGCCGCAGGGCGGAUCCCGUUGUCCCCACCCGCCACCCUCCCGGCGCCACCACCACCGCGCAGAUUUUAUCUGGGUGCUGGCACCCAGCCAUUACUCUACCAAUGAAGUACAUCCUGGUCACUGGUGGGGUCAUCUCAGGCAUUGGGAAAGGGAUCAUUGCGAGCAGCAUUGGUAUGAUUCUAAAAUCAUGUGGACUCCGAGUUACUGCCAUCAAAAUAGACCCCUAUAUCAACAUCGACGCGGGCACUUUUUCACCUUAUGAGCAUGGUGAAGUGUUUGUCUUAAAUGAUGGUGGAGAAGUUGAUUUAGACCUUGGAAAUUAUGAAAGGUUCUUGGAUAUUAAUCUUUAUAAAGAUAACAACAUCACCACUGGGAAGAUAUAUCAGCAUGUGAUUAAUAAAGAGAGGCGUGGUGACUACCUGGGGAAAACAGUACAAGUUGUUCCUCACAUUACGGAUGCUGUCCAGGAGUGGGUUAUGAAUCAAGCCACAGUGCCUGUGGAUGGUCAUAAGGAAGAGCCCCAGAUAUGCGUUAUCGAGCUGGGUGGCACCAUUGGAGACAUUGAAGGAAUGCCAUUUGUGGAAGCAUUCAGACAAUUCCAGUUUAAAGCAAAAAAAGAGAAUUUCUGUAACAUCCACGUUAGCCUUGUCCCACAGCCCAGCGCAACCGGAGAACAAAAAACCAAACCCACACAAAACAGUGUCCGCGCGCUGAGGGGCUUAGGCCUAUCUCCUGAUCUGAUCGUCUGCCGAAGUUCAACACCCAUCGAAAUGGCUGUGAAGGAAAAGAUUUCUAUGUUCUGUCACGUGAACCCUGAACAGGUCAUAUGUAUCCAUGAUGUUUCUUCCACAUACCGAGUGCCUGUGCUCUUGGAGGAACAAAGCAUCGUUAAGUAUUUUAAAGAGAGACUGGAUUUGCCCAUUGGUGAUUCUGCAAGUAAUCUGCUUUUCAAGUGGAGAAAUAUGGCUGACAGGUAUGAAAGGUUACAGAAAACGUGCUCCAUAGCCCUGGUUGGUAAAUACACCAAGCUCAGAGACUGCUAUGCCUCUGUGUUCAAAGCCCUGGAACACUCAGCCUUGGCCAUCAACCACAAGUUGAAUCUGAUGUACAUCGACUCCAUUGAUCUGGAGCACACCACUGAAGCUGAGGACCCUGUGAAAUUCCACGAAGCGUGGCAGAAGCUAUGCAAAGCUGAUGGUGUUCUUGUGCCAGGAGGCUUCGGAAUCAGAGGAACAUUGGGAAAACUCCAGGCGAUUUCUUGGGCAAGGGCAAAGAAGAUUCCUUUUCUGGGAGUUUGUCUCGGGAUGCAACUAGCAGUGAUAGAGUUUGCGAGGAACUGCCUUAACUUGAAAGAUGCCGAUUCCACAGAGUUUGAGCCAAAUGCUCAUGUUCCUGUGGUGAUUGAUAUGCCGGAACACAACCCUGGCAAUCUGGGAGGAACGAUGAGGCUGGGAAUAAGAAGAACUGUUUUCAAAACUGAAAAUUCAAUCUUAAGGAAACUGUAUGGUGAUGUUCCUUUCGUAGACGAAAGACACAGACAUCGGUAUGAGGUGAACCCUAACUUGAUCAACCAAUUUGAGCAGAGUGACUUAAGUUUUGUAGGUCAGGACGUGGAUGGGGAGAGGAUGGAAAUCAUUGAACUGGCAAAUCACCCUUAUUUUGUUGGUGUCCAAUUCCAUCCUGAGUUUUCUUCUAGGCCGAUGAAGCCUUCCCCUCCAUACCUGGGGCUGUUACUUGCAGCAACUGGGAACCUGAAUGCCUACCUGCAACAGGGAUGCAAGCUGUCCUCCAGUGAUAGAUACAGUGAUGCCAGUGAUGACAGCUUUUCAGAGCCAAGGAUAGCUGAGUUGGAAAUAAGCUGAAGCUAAGACGCGACUCGAAAUAAAAGGGACCGCCCGCAAGGGCUCUGAAGCAAUUGAAGCCAAGAUGAAGGAACUAGCGGGAAAAAUCAUCACACUCAUAAAGAAUCACCCUGUUCUUCACCAAACGUGGGAUGUACAGACUCAAAGGGAAUCUCAUAAUAUGUACUUUCAUGAACCAGAACCGAAGGGGCACGUUCCUUUUUCCUCCAGAGGCGGCCUUUGGUUCUCACAGAUUUCUGUAGCCGAUUAAACAUUUCCCAACAAUCUCAUUGGGGAGGAAGUGUGUUCAUGUUGUGUCUGGUGUAUGGUGAUGUCUAGACGGGGAGCAAAGAUCCCAGUAACUGAGCCUUCGUUGUGCUGUAUGGGGAGGGUGGCGGGGCACAUGCGAUAACUAAUUUUAAGUCAAAUAUAAGUCAUUCUGUUACCUGGAACUCAACCACAGAAUUGAGUGCGGCCCAAGCUUAUUUCAAUUUCUCACCUUGUUUAUUUCUAGUUAAAAGGAAAUUUAAACAGGUCUGGGGGUGGCUCAGGCACAGAAUUUAAGGGGGCAUAAAAAAACUCAGGAAUCAAGAUCAGUUAUAUAUAUAUUUUUUAAUUGAGGUGAAAUUCACAUAACAUAGAAUGAACCAUUUUAAAGUGAUCAGUUCAGUGACAUUAGGUACAUCCACAGUGUUGUGCGACCCUACCUCUAUCUACUUCUGAAACAUUUGCAACCCUCCAAAGUAAAUCCCCAUACCCAUUGACAGUCACUCCCCGUUCCUACCUCCCAGCCCCUGGCAACUGCUAAUCUCCUUUCUAUUUUUAUGAUUUGCCUAUUCUGCAUAUUUCAUAUAAGUGGAAUCAGCAAUGUGUGGCUUUUUGUGUCUGGCUUUUUUCAUUUAGCAUCUGAUUUCGAGGGUCAUUCUUAUUGUAGCAUGUAUCUGUACAUCAUUCCUUUUUAUGGCUGAAUAAAAUUCCAUUGUAUGUAUUUACCACAA